AACCACUUGCAUCCAUCCACGGUUAAAAGGGCGCAGACCUAGAGGUCAUGCGUCAAACACAAGAGUUCGAUUACUAUGGAAGAAGAGACGUCAAAUGUUCCCCCUCCUCAUGUUCUCAUCUUUCCCCUUCCCGCACAGGGACAUGUCAACUCCAUGCUCAAGCUGGCCGAGCUUCUUGCACUAUCCGGCCUCCACGUCACGUUCCUCAACACUGACUACAACCAAGAUCGUCUUUUUCGUCACACCAAUGUCCAGGCCCGUUUUGGCGGCUUUCCUGGUUUCCAAUUCAAGAUCAUCCCCGACGGCCUUCCGGUCGAGCACCCACGUGGCGGUGACCACUUCUAUGAGAUGUUUAAGAGCAUGAAUUUGGUCACUAAACCACUGCUUAGAGAGAUGCUGGUUUCUAGUAAAUUACAAUAUUAUGACGAUUCGGGCAGUAUUACUGCUAAUAAUAUUAGAUCAGGGCCAGUGAAUUGCAUCAUAGCUGAUGGGAUCCUGACCUUCCCUAUUGAUGUUGGUAAUGAACUUGGAAUUCCGGUCAUUCAUUUCCGUACCAUCAGUGCUUGUGCCUUCUGGAUUUACUUUUCCGUUCCAGAUAUGGAUGAAGCAGGGGAGCUUCCCAAUAUUACGUCAGGAAAGGAAGACAUGGAUCGCAUUAUAACAAGGGUGCCAGGCAUGGAAACAUUUCUCCGGUGCCGAGACCUUCCGAAUGUUAACCGAAUCGGCCUUCAGGAAAACCCACUCCAACUCAUUGGGGAGCUCACCAGACAGUCCACUCGAGCCCAUGCACUGAUAUUCAACACGUUUGAAGACCUAGAAAGGCCUGUACUUUCCCACAUACGUACUCAUUGUCCCCAAAUCUAUACAAUCGGACCCCUCCACGCACUUUUGAAACACAAACUUGGAUCUAAAACUACAACCUUGGCUGUGCAGUCUCAGUCUUCGAACAGCCUCUUCCAAGAGGACAGAAACUGCAUAACGUGGCUCGACGCUCAGCCAUUGAAGUCUGUAAUCUACGUGAGCUUCGGGAGCCUUGCAAAAAUGACAAAGUACGAGAUGAGAGAGUUUUGGUAUGGUUUAAUCCAUAGCAAGAAAAGAUUCCUGUGGGUCAUCCGAGCGGACAUGGUGGACGGGAAAGAUGAGGACGGUCAGAUUCAGGUUGAGCUGGUGGAAGGGACGAAGGAGAGGGGCUAUAUGGCGGAAUGGGUCCCACAAGAGGAGGUCCUGGCCCACCCGGCCGUAGGUGGGUUUUUCACCCACAGUGGGUGGAACUCAACCAUAGAGAGUAUAAUUGCUGGGGUUCCCAUGAUUUGCUGGCCUUACUUUGCCGAUCAGCAAGUGAACAGUAGGUUUGUGAGUGAGGUUUGGAAGCUUGGGAUGGACAUGAAGGACGUGUGCGAUAGGGUUGUCGUGGAAAAGAUGGUGAAUGAUCUGAUGGCGAAAAGGAGGGAGGAGUUCAUCAAAUCAACGGAUACAAUGGCUAGGUUGGCAAGAGAAAGUGUGAGUGAAGGUGGGUACUCUUACUGUAACUUGGAACGUUUGAUCGAAGACAUAAGGUUGAUGAGUACUGUUGGUGAAAAGUAAUAAUAAUAAGAAAAAUUCUAU